AUGAUAACCCAUGCUGGAGGCAUUUCACGCCUUUUGACCGAAGGAAUCAGCAUCAGAGUUAACGAUGCAGAGGAUCCAAAUAGCUUAGAUUACGACUGCGUCGAGAACCGAAUCUAUUAUAGUGAUUAUGUUUCGAAACAGAUUUUCACCGCGAAGUAUGACGGAACGGACCAGCGGCUUUUUAUCACCUAUGAUUUAAUCAACCCGUGGGGCAUAGCAAUCGACUGGAUAAGGCGUCAGUUAUACUGGUCUGAUAGUUUGAAGGGUACGAUCGAGGUCGCACGCUUAGACUAUCCGACUCAGCGUAAAGUGGUGAUCACCGGUAAUGUCAAUACAUGGUAUAUCGCACUUGACCUGCAACGAAGAAAGCUGUUCUGGAUAGACUGGAAUACACCACAAGGAGCGAAGAUCGAGUGGGCGAAUCUCGAUGGAUCCGACCGCAAGUUGCUGGUCGGUCGGCCACAAGUGCUUUAUCCCAAAGGAAUCCAGGUUAUCGAUACCACUGGAGAGCUUUGCUAUACCGAUGCCGACACAGGUACGCUGGCAUGCAUUGAUCCAUACAGUAAACAGACCCGUACGAUCCUCAGUGGUCUGACCAGACCAUAUGGAUUGACCAUGAUGAAUGAGCGAUUCUACUGGAUCAAUGAAAAAACGUAUCAGAUCGAAAGCAGUAGCUUGUACGGCAGUGACCGUGAGUUUAUCGGCAUGAAUAGUGUAAUUUAUGAUAUCAAGGCUGUAUCCAAUACAUGUUCGAACAACUAA